GCAGCGGCUGCAGAUUUUUCCCGUUAGAGAGGGGAAGAGGAGGCGGCCAGGAGGUGGAACGGACAGCAUGGAGAUGAUGGGAAUAAUCUAAUCCCGGCGGGGGGAGGGAGUGGACGGAUGGACAGAUCUGACGCGCAAAAUCAGGGAGAAUCUCACUUGACAUCGAAACAUCCAUCUUAUUCCGUUUGGAAGCGCAGGGAAUGACGCUGACAAGCCCGGUUGUGGCUGAAGAAAAGGAAAUCACGGGUCCGCAUCCAUCCGGAGUGAUGAGCCAAAACGCGAAGGGAGAGACGCGCGUUUCUGGAUCCAUCCGUCACGUUGUAUAAUGGAGAGCUCUAAUGGCUCCGACACCAAGCCGCAUCAUCAUCAUCAUUCUCAAGUGGAGAAGAAGAGGUUAAACCGUGCGCCGUCCCCCGCCAGACCCGUCCUGAAGGAUGUGCACUCCCGAUCGGUCAAACCAAUCGUGCCAAAAUCACCCAAACUCACCAAGCAGCCGGUAGCGUCUCAAAGCCGCGUCCAGAGGCGCACAGUCCCGGGCGCGAAGGACAAAUGCGCACCUGCGAAAAGCACCAUCAAGCCCUCAGCAACAAAAAAGGCCGUUAAGGUCACCCAACAUGCAGCAUCCGAACCGAAACCGCCCUGCAAAGUGGUGGACACCGUGCCACAGGUCGCCAAAAGUAAGGGGAGGCUAGCCGCGCUGGCCCCGGGAUCCCCGAUACGCGUCCCCACCGGACGGGUCGCUCAGACGGACAGCAGCUCGGAUUUGUCCGAUUGUCCGUCCGAGCCGCUAUCGGACGAACAGAGACUCGUUCAGGCCGCCAGCAGCGAUGCGGACUCAGGCAGCGGCUCCGGUUCUAGCGAGCAGGUGGCCGCAGAUAAUCCAGGGAUUCGGAUGCGCAGGGCGGGAGGGGUGUCUCGGGCUUCACCUCUGUCAGGUGUGCACACGGAGAAGUGUAGAGCGGAGAAAAGCGCACAACUCAAACCAGAGGGGAAGGAAAUGGUGCAGGAGGAAUUGUUAAGAGAGAUUGAAGACCUUCGUUCGGAAAAUGACUACCUCAAGGAUGAAGUGGAUGAGUUGCGGGCAGAGAUGGAGGAGAUCAGGGACAGUUACCUGGAGGAGGAGGUGUACCAGCUUCAGGAACUACGCAGGGAACUGGACCGAUCCAACAAGAACUGCCGGAUCCUUCAGUACCGCCUGCGCAAAGCUGAACAGAAGAGUCUGCGUGUAGCUAAGACCGGACAUGUCGACGGAGAGCUGCUACGCAAUCUGGAGCAGGACCUCAAGGUAGCCAAGGACGUAUCUGUGCGUCUACACAAUGAACUGGAAAUGGUGGAAGACAAGCGAACGCGAGCAGAGGAUGAGAACGAACUGCUCAGGCAAAAGAUCAUCGAGGUGGAGAUCUCCAAACAAGCCCUACAGAAUGAACUCGACAGAGCCAAAGAGACUGCUCUGCGGAGACGAGGCGGCAGAGAAGCCUUCAAAGAUAAGAAGUCUUUAUCUCAGGAGGACAGUGCAGACUUGCGCUGUCAGCUACAGUUUGCCAAGGAGGAAUCGGCCCUUAUGCGGAAAAAAAUGGCAAAACUAGGCCGCGAGAAAGAUGAACUGGAACAGGAGGUGCAGAAGUAUAAAUCAGUAUAUGGGGACGUGGACAGCCCUUUGCCCCUGGCAGAGGUGACGGGUGGAGGCCCACACACCACCCGGGAGGCCGAGUUACGUUUACGGCUAAAACUGGUGGAGGAGGAGGCAAACAUCCUGGGGCGGAAGAUUGUAGAGUUGGAGGUGGAAAACCGUGGUCUCAGGGCAGAAAACGAGGACCUACGUUGCCAAUACGAGAGGGACUGUUUCGGCCGUGAACCCUUUUCCAGUGUCCCUACCUCACCAUACGGUGGCGAUGUGCUGGAAUCUGUGAGUGAACUACGGCGCCACUUGCAAUUUGUGGAAGAGGAGGCGGAGCUUUUGCGGCGCUCCAUCUCUGAGAUUGAGGACCACAACAAGCUGUUGACGACUGAGCUCAACCGCUUCAAAUUCGGGCCCAGCAGCCAGGGCGACAGGGAGUCAGAAGGGGCUGAGGGUGGAAGUGUUGGGUCACUGAAACCUGGGAACGGUAGUGGAGGAGGUAAUGGCGUCUCAGGAGGAGGGGGCGCCCUACAGGAGGAACUAAAAGCUGCAAGACUCCAGGUUAAUGAGUUGAGUGGGAAAGUGAUGAAGUUGCAGUACGAGAACCGGGUGCUAAUCUCAAAUAUGCAGCGUUGCGACCUAGCGGCACACCUGGGCAUGCGGACCAAUAGUCCACGUGAUAGCGAUGUAGACAGUGACACCGGGAGAAGGGAACCAGAUGAAGAGGAGACAGCGAGGCUUCUAUUGCUCCAUCCCAAACGGGAAGGACCUGUUGGUGGUGAAAGCGACUCUGAUGACUUGUUUGAGAAGACGGCUACAUCUGGAUUUGCCAGUGGCGAGAAACCUUCGGAUGUUGGUGACCUGGGAGCAGCCGAGUUGGACCAACGUAGACGAGAAGACCGGGAGGCACUUAACCAUGUCAGGCGUGAAGCAGAGCGCCUUGGAAAAACUGUCGAAAGGCUCAUCACUGAUACGGACAGUCUGAUCCGGGAAGGUCGUCUGGUUGUCUUGGGAGGGGACCUUCUUGUGGAGGGUUCAGAGUUUAGGGGUGACGGGGACUGCGCUGAAUCUAAACCCGACUCUCAGGUGCUGGAUUCCAUCAACUCCCGCAUGAGGGCUUUCAGGACGGAACUCCAGCUUUUCAUGAAUAAAGUGGACCACCUUGGGGAGGGCUCACGGGACCGUGCAGAUGACCUCUCCCCCAUGCCUAAUCUCACCGAAUCCAGCAGCUUUCUGUCCACAGUUACAUCCAUGUCAAGGGAUUCGCCCAUCGGAACACUUGGAAGAGAUCUGGUGACGGACUAUCAGUAUGGGCGAAGGGAGGAGCACGAUUGGUGUCUAGACCGGCAGAGUGGCCCGGAGGCGCAGGGGCAGGGCAGCGCCAAGGGGUCCGACACACCCAGGGCGGCCCCUGGACUCAGUAGAUACACCAGGCCCCACAGUUACAGACCCGAGUGUUGGGAUGUUGAGACUGCUGUUCUGUGUUCUGAUGAGAUCCAGUUCCGUGACCCAACAACCCUUCCCGAGUUGGCAACCCCUACCAGAGAGAUACAGCUAUGUCUGGACCAUGAGAGGAGACUUAGACCUGGACAGGAGGAGAGAGAGAGCUUGACUUCUGCCAUCACUCAGGAAGAGGAAAGGAGGCGCACCGAUGCUCGGCAAGGACUCAAGCUGCAGGGGCUUCAAACUCAUGAGCCAACAUGGCCACAGGAAAGAGUUCUGCUGCAACAGGAAGUGAGAUCAUUCCACCACAACAUCGUCAUUGUCUAUAUGAAGCUGCGCUGGAUCCUUAUGCACUGGAGGCUCGGACGCAGGACAGAUGCUGGAGAGGAGGGUGCACAUGGAGAGUAUGAACGGUUGGAGAACAUUCCAGAGCUGGGUCUUCUGAUUGAGCCGGGUGAUAGUGAGGCAGAGAGAGAUGAUCAGAGAGUGUGUAUCCAGAUCACAGGAAGUGAUAUUUCAGACCCUGGUGCACUCCCGCUGUCUCCAGAGAGAUUUCAGUAUCAGAAACAGGCGAGGGAUAGUCGGCGAGUGUUGCACGCCCUGCGCUCUCUGCUGGAGGAGUUUAGGGUGGAGUUACGUGAGGAGGCGCAGCAACGCUGGCAGCUACAGCAGACUUUAGCCAAUGAGAGAGCAGCGUGGGAGAUCCAACGUAUUGAAAUGAGGAGUCACGUUGCCGAGCUGCAGGCGGUGAGAGGUGAGUCUGCAGAUGCGGGCGCAGUUGAAGGUGCAGUCACUGCAGAUAUUCUGCAGCAGGAACGGGAGGAACAGCACCACCUGCUGGCCGACUGUCACAACACGGCACUGGAGCUGCGCUGGAAACUGCAGCACGGAGAGAAGCGCUGGAGCCGCGAGAAGAAUGAACUGCUGGAGCGAUUCGAGAGAGAGAGGCAAGAGUGGGACCACAGCUUACGGGAGAUGCACCGCAAGAUGGAAAAGAUGCAGAAAGAUCUUCCGCUCCGUCAUUCUGAAGGUGGUCUUCAGUCUGAAGGAGGCGCAGCGCAUGUCUUCUCCCCUCAGGAGAGCCCUUGUAAGGCUCUAAGAUCUCCACGCUCCCCCUGCGCGGCCGCACAUACACGCUCACACUCCGACUCUGAGGCCACACUGGAGGAAAAGGGGGCGGCGGGGAGACCCAGACCCUAUGAGGGACCCCGGCCCCCAGAGAGCCUGUUUCUGGAUGCCCUGUCUCUGGACCCCCUGAGCGAGGCAGAAGUGCCCCCUCCAUCACGACUGGAGAGCGAGAAGAGGUUCCUCCACAUGAAGGAAGUAAGAGACAGAGCGCUUAAUGAGAUUUCAGAGAGUGCAGAUUCUGCUGUUUAUCCUGAGGAAGAGAAAAGCAGUGGCAGCUUACUCAGGGCAAAGUCAGUUUGCUCCAUGAGCGACUUCCAGCGCUUGAUGGACAGCUCCCCCUUUCUACCAGACAAGAGCAAGGCUGGCGAGAGUGGGUGGGAUGAUGUGACUCCUCCCCUUUCUCCAGAUGACCUCAAGUACAUUGAGGAGUUCAAUAGUAAAGGUUGGGAUCUGCCCACCAGCUCUCUGUCCACUUGCCCCAUCCCUGGCCCAGUUAUCCCUCCUCCAGUGAUGGAGGCUUGGGCGGAGAGUGCAGAAUCCCGUUGGGCUGAGUCCACUUCAGAAGCAUUCCAGCCAGCCUCUUGGUACCUGACCACCAGCGCUACCUUGACCACAAACACCAUGAGUAGCCCUGAGUACUGCCAAAAGCUUCCACUCAGGGCCACCCAAGGGGCAGAGCAGUUUGGAGUCCAUGUCCUACACAGUCCCACUCGAGGUGAGCAAUCGACACCAGGCCCUCCUGAGCAGGAGUACAUGUUUUCCAAAGUGACCAAAGUAAAAGCAGGGGAUGUGGUAGGAGGUGCAGAGGAGGUGCUUGGAGGGAGGUGGCCUCUGGAAGCGGGACUUCGGCCUGGAGAACGGCCAUCACUUUGUGCUGCUGUAGGAUAUACCUCAUCGCUAGAGCUGGAGCUGUCACGCAACCUGAGUGAUGACAUGAAGGAAAAGGCAUUUUCUGCCCGGAGCGCCAUCGGAUCGUCUACGGCUUCUGGAUCCAGCCCUCCAGAAAGGCAGCUACGCGACAUGGCGUGCCAGACAAAUGGUUUAACCACGCGGGGAACGCAGACGACCCAGACUAUCAGCAUUGGGCUGCAAACCGAGGGUCUUCGCACCCUUACCAGCAGCCCGCACCGAUGUCUAACACCCAAAGGAGGCUCCACCCCCAUCUCGUCCCCGUCCCGGAGUCUAAGAAAGAUUCAGUACUCUCCAGUCGUGCAGGCCAAGUUUGAACGCCCCUGCUGUUCGCCAAAAUACGGCUCACCUAAGCUCCAACGGAAACCCUCUACCAGUACCGCCAAAACCGAGCCACCCAAUGGUCAAGCCCGCACUCCUACCCCAACAAUCACCACCCAGCAGCAAAAAGGCAACAGUGAAUCUGCCUGGGCACGUUCCACAACAACCAGAGAUAGCCCAGUCCACACCACCAUCAACGAUGGCCUUUCCAGCCUUUUCAACAUCAUUGACCACACGCCCAUUGCUUACGAUCCCAUGCAGAAGUUCAACAAGUCCCCCAGUCGCUCUCGUCCCAUUGAAGCAGGAUCUCAGGGGCCCUCAGACCCCAUAUCUCCCAGCAUUUGCGCCGCACAGGGGCCUUUGAGGAACUCUCGGGGCAGGUCCCCAAGCCCUGUGCAGUUGAUCGUGGAAACGCAGGGCGAAAAGACCCCAGAGGUGAUUAGCAUCAGACAGGAUCUGUCUGCACCUCCGGGCUACACGUUAGCGGAAAACGCUGCACGGAUUUUGAAUAAGAAACUCUUGGAGCAGAGCUUCAGAGAGGAGAGGAGGCUUUUGGCUUCAAACACAGCUGUUCAGAACAGAACCGGAGACUCUGAGAAGCCUGGAUGUCUUGAGGACUUGCCACGUUCUCCAGUGGCUCCACCUCUGGACUCCUGCUUCCUGCGUCCGGCUCGCCCUGCAAACCGCCGCCCGCCCUCCCGCUGGGCCGCCCAUUCCCUGUCAUCCUCGCCCGACUACAGCGAUCGCACAGAGAGGUUCUGCUUUCCCUCGCCUGUCAGACCGAUUCAGACCGUCCCAGAGACAGAAGAGCCCGGUCUGGAGGUUCCACUUCAACUGGUCUGAGCUCAACCAGCCUAGACUUCAUCCAUCUCUGCUUACUUUCAUCGUGCAUUUCCUCGUAUUUGCCCUUUCUUUUAACCAACCUGUUUAUCACGACCAUCUCUGUUUCCUGGGAUACUGUGGUGUAGUUGUUAAAACUCAGUGCUGGUAACUGGAAGGUCGCUGGUUCAAACCCCACAACCAACAAGUAAUCACCAUUACCUCUUUGAGCAAGGCACUUAACACCAGUUUGCUCCAGGGAUGUUGUUCUUAUAAUAGGCUAUAUUUGAAACAAGUUAUCUUUAAAACAAGAUCAAUUUACUUGAGAAGCAAAAAUGUGUAAUGUGUAAGAUAAUAAGACUUCUUUUCAGAGAAUAUAUCUUGAACAUUGUUGGGUGGUAACAGAUUACAUGUGUAUUAAGUAAUUACAUUACAAAAUCUGAGUAAUUUUAAUUAGAUUACAAUACAUUUCCAUUAAAAUUUCAAUGAAAAAUUCAAAAGUAAUCAGAUUACAAAAUUUAAGUAAUUGUAAUUACAUUACAUUUUCAUUAAAAUUACAAUGAGAAAUCCAAAAAUAACCAUAUUACAAAAUUUGAGUAAUUGUUAUUAAAUUAUAUUACAUUUUCUUUAAAAUUACAAUGAAAAAUACAAAUGUAAUCAGAUUACAAAAUUUGAGUAAUUGUAAUUAGAUACAAUUUUCAUUAAAAUUACAAUGAGAAAUCCAAAAUUAAUCAGAUUACAAAAUGUGAGUAAUUGUAAUUAAAUUACAUUACAUUUUCAUUAAAAUUACAAUGAGAAAUCCACAAGUAAUCAGAUUAGAUUACCCAAAAUUUUAACCUAAAAGAUAACAUUACUGAUUACAAUUUUAGUCAUGUAAUUUGUAAUAAGUACCAGAUUACAUUUCAGAAGUAAUCUACCCAACACUGAUCUUGAAUAAAGUAUAUUUUUCUUAUGCGAAUGGCAUACUGUUUUCUCUUGUUUUAAGCGUAAACCUCGCAAAAUGUUGUUAGAUUUAUGUUCAAAACAAGACAAUUUUUUUUUGGCAAAUUUGGUAAUUUUCUUUUUUUUUUUUUUACUUCAAAAUAUAUUCUUGGAAACAAGUGGAUUUUUUACAAAUAGUAGUAACAGUGUGCAGUAUAUAAUGAUAAACGUUUCAAAAAGUAGUAUAUUACAUUUUUGUUACAUGACAUCACAAUGUUGCAUGUAAUUCAGUGGGUUGCAUUCCGUUAUCAUUUCGGAAAUAAAUACGGUUAUUUUGCAUUUUAAAAUGCUUUGUUUAUCAAAUUUAGUGCAUUGCGAAGUUUUUUAAGAUGGCAAGUCAGGUUAAAAAAAGUGUCUUUUUUUUUUUUAAACGCUUCUUGAAAUGCAAUGCAUCUAGAUUUUUUUACGGCAAGAUUGCAUUCAGUCUGAACGCUUACUCAUACUGCACACUGUUCAAAUAGUACAAGAAGAUCUGUAGUAUACUAUUCUGAACUUUAGCUGUUCGUUUUUGGUGCUGUUUUACAGCGAUGUUGCAGGAACAAAUUCCUUUAGCCCUGGUCUGUUGCGAUAAACCGUUUGCGAUAAAAGAUUAUACUUUAUUCUUUUUCUCACCUUUACUAUCUCCUGUUCCAGCCUGACCACACAUAUGCACACCGCCGGAGUGAUGGAACCUUCGAGAAACUUUCUAAGAACCAUUCAACUGCCCUGCCACUAGGAGGCAGAGUUCUGUGAGCACCAGCUAAACUGACCCGUUUGAAAACAGUUCUAGAAUCUUUAGGAGUAUCAAGGACUUGGAAUGUACUGACACAAAAUACGCACACAACCUCACAAUGGUCCCGUAUUUGUGUGUCAGUGUACACGUAUGCAAUACAUAUGAAUUUAUAUGUGUUGGUCAUUUAACUGCAGAUUGUUUUUCAGAUGUUCUGAAAAUUAUAACGGGAUAGUAAUAAUAUUUGUCGGAACGGCAUAACAGUUUACAUGUGUUUCAUUUCUGUAUCAUUUCUCUUGUUUGAGGGGUGAAUAUCAUUUGUUAAAUUAAGUAUUUUAUUUAGAGUUUAUAUCAAAUAUUUUCUGCAUACUUUUUGUUGGUACCCUUUGAUGCUUGAAUUAAAAAAAUACUCAGUUGUAUUUGUAAAGAGAAUAAGAUUAAAACUAAAGGAGAAAAAAACACCAACCAGUUCGACAGGGACGAAUGAUAAAUGAUGUCAACCAUACCAAUGUAUUUAAAAAUCUAAUGUAAAAUUGAAUGUUUAACUAAUGAUGAAAGGAGAGUAUAUUGACACUGAUUAUCCUUAUGCACAUUUCUCAAGUCCAAAAAUCCUAAAGGAAUGUGUACAGGAUUCCAAUGGGAAAUUUUGUUGUAAUGCGGAACAAAUGUCACAAUUGGGAUCCAAAAGAAUCCUCUUAGAAUUAUGAUUCUAUUGGAUGAACUGAAAUUCUAAAUGGGGUCUGUUUGGAUAUUGUAUGAUAUCUUUGAAAUUAUUGUGAUAUUUGUAUCAUAAUGCCACUAAGGUUGUAUUGAAAUAGUCAUGCAAAUGGACAGUUGAAGCUAAAGUGUGUAAUUAUUUUUAUGUUAAAUAUGUAUGUAAAACUACUUUCACCUUUCCCAUCUUAAGGAAACCAUUAGUAGGUUGAGAGUUUGGUAGGCUAAGUUGAGAGUACUACACACUUAUUGGAAGCUAACAGCAUUAUCAAACCUUUUUCAUUGAAAAUCCUGUUUCACUUGGAAGUAAAUAAGUUCAUGGAGGUAAAAGUGGUUGCGAUCAGUUUCAUGUUGACUUCAAGUGUUGUGCGAAAAGCCUUCUAGUUUUAGUUUUGUGGUAUGGUGGAAUAAGAAUAUUAUAACAGACGUUCCAGUUAGAAUCCUGUGUAUAUUCCUUUAGGAACUCUUGACUUGGGUUUGGAGAACAGUUGUGCAAAUAUCAUAUUUGAUAUGCAUGCCUUUAAGAACUAGCACUUUAGUGCAUGUAAUCAAAUACUGUUGUACUUUGUGAUAAAGCUCAUAAUGUAAGAAAACCCCACAUAUGCGUACAUAUACACUUACACUCAUACACAAACACAAUCUUUAAAUGUCAUUUUGUUGCAAUCAAAUUUGCAUUGACACAAUUAGGAACACUUUUUAAGUCCAUUAUUGUACCUAUUAAAUCUUUGUCUUUGUAUAGCUGUUAUUAUCAAUUAAAAUGUUUCUUUUCAUUUGAGGAAAAAAAAUUAAUGUUUUAGAUGAAGUCACUGUCAAAAGUCUAAUGAUAGAGUGUGUUAAAUUGGUAAUAAAUUGAAUGUGUAUUUCCAAAAAACA